CGGAAGUAGGACGCUUUUUAAAUGCUACCUUGAUGGUAAGGAGCGUCCGUCAAAAGAAAACUGAAAGUUACUUUCGUUUUCACGACUUCCUUGCUAACGAGCAAGUUCAGAAGUAAGAGCGACCCUUUUCUGGAAAACAAAAGUGAACUCCGUCAUAUGCACGCGUCACCUUUUAGUAUGGUCGAUGGCGAGUGUUCGUCUUUAGUGCGUUUCAAGUUGCUGAAAAUAGCAGCGGUAGCCUGAGUUAGCAUUCACCGCGCUGGCAACAUGCGAGCGAACGAGGAAGAGGCGCUCAUGGACGACUACUUGGCCACCGUCGGACUUCAUCGGAAACGCGUCGCCAAGGACGGGUCGUGCUUGUUUCGUGCCGUGGCCGAACAGGUUCUUCAUUGCCAAAGUAUUCACGCACAAGUUCGGGCCCAGUGUAUUCGCUUCCUGAGGCAGCACAGAGAGAUCUAUGAGGCAUUUAUUGAAGGCGAUUUUGAAGCGUACCUGCAACGGCUUCAGGACCCGCAACAGUGGGCAGGCGAGGUGGAGAUGAACGCGCUGGCCAUCAUGUUCAAGAGAGACUUUGUGAUCUUUCAAGAGCUUGGCAAAUCUCCAGUAGAUAUCACAGGCAACAAGUUCAAGGAGAAGGUCCAGCUGUCUUUUCUAAACGGGAAUCACUACGACAGCGUUUAUCCCAUCAGCCGUAUAAAGAACGCCGCGCUCUGCCAGUCCAUCUUGUACGAGCUGCUGUACGCCGACGUCUUCCAGGUGAGCCGGCAGACCGUGGCUUCCUAUCAGUCGAGCGGGCGAGCCGGCGAGCGGCUGAGUGACGACAACAUGGCGCCGUGCGUCAGCAGCGACGACUCGGACACCGGCAACUCGUUCAGGAGCAACGGCAGCCGGACUAGGGGGCGGGGCAGCGGCCUUGUUUUGCCAGAAAGUGUGCGCCGGUCACUGAGUGAGAGUCUGUACCGAAAUGUUGCGUAUGACGUAUGGCACAAGUCCAAGAAGGCGCAACUGAAGCGGGAUUAUUGCAUGGCUGCGGGGAUGCAGUACACUGUGGGCCAACAAUGUCAGGUGUGGCUGGAUGAAACUGAAAAAAGCUACAAUGCCACCAUUGAGGAAGUCCCGCCCGGUGAUGGUCUGGUGAGGGUCUACACGGAAGAGGAAGGCCAACUACGUGUUCCUAUGUGGAGCCUGCGACCUGUGACGUCGGAGAGCCCAGGAUGGAGUGCCGCUGUCCGUUGGGAGGGGAGACUUGGCAAUGGACAGCAAGGGAGAGGCUUGCUUUGUCUUCCAGAGGGGCCUCGGGGCAAGUCCUCCUCUAUACCCAGAGGGUCCGCUUCGAGCCCAAGAGGACGCGCGCGCCUGAAAAAGUCGCGGCUUCCGCAUGAGGAGCCGAGACGGCACAGGAGGAGUGCACCUGACACUUUGUCUUUUGGCCUGACUGAGGAGGAGCGUUUGUUCAAAGAGGAGGCGCUGAAGAACGUGGCGCUGGUGGAGCUCCAUCUCAGGGAUGAGCUCAGCUUUCCGGCCCUCGGGAGUCCACAUGAAGAUGUUGAGACACUCUCUCCCUCUGCUUGGGAAAGACAGAAGUGUGCCACUGGACCUCUUCAGAGUACUGACGCGUCUCCUUCGAUGGGCGCCGCUGUCUCGUCCUCAAAAAGUCCCUCCCCGGCACCCGCUUGCGUUCCAGCUCCCACGUUCAUAGCUCCCAUCGCGCCGUCUCCAGGGGCUGCGAGGGCCUUCAGCCCCCAUUUGUCCUCACCCGGUCCUCCGGUGUAUCCGAACUCCUUGUCUCCAUCACCGGGGCUUCCUCAUCCUCAAGUCACCGAUGCCCUCCGGCUUUCAGCUCCGAGGUCAAUUAAAUGUCCAGAUGCCGGAGAUGCUCAGAGUGUGUCAGCGCUCCACAACCAGGGUGAUGCAACUAUGGAUCAAAGGUCCGCUCAAGUAUUGAAGGAUCAGGUGGCCGACGUCUGCACCAAAGCUUGGGAUCCUCCACGCAGCCAGAACCAAGUCCAGUUGGAGCCUCCAUCUUCUCCCCUCAUCAACCCAACGCUCCAGAAUCCCAGUGUGAAUUUACCAGCUCACAAGGCCUUGCCCGUUCCCUCCUCCGGCUCCCCCCAGCUGUUGUCCGCUGCUCCUCUCCCACUUGGACCCUCCCCCCCGACCCUUCCCGGAGGGAUCCUCGUGCACCACCUCUACCAGGACCCCCUAUACCCCGGGUUCCCUCAGGGAGAGAACGGCAAUGUGCUGCCAAGUCCCGAAUUUUCUCUCCGCAGUUCAGGAGAAGACCUCCCCCAGGAUAUCAACGUCCUGAGGUUUUUCUUCAACUUGGGUGUGAAGGCAUACACCUGGCCCUUCUACAUGCCCUACCUGUACCUGCUCCCGCUCCAGCAGGCCCACAUCAUGCAGCCCCGAAUCCACCCGCCCCACAUUCCUCCCGAUGGCCCCCUGCAGCCCGCAUGUCCCACCGGGGCAGUUGCCACGCAACCAGGUGAGCCCGCUAAGGGCUACGACGACACGUGGCCCACACCCCACGGGCAGUCGUAUCAAGCGUCGCCGGGGCAACGGCAUCCGACGGAAGGAUCCGGCGCGCAGAGUCCACAGUGUGCCGUGUUGCCAUCGUACCCGCCGGACCCCCACGGCAGUCUUCCCCACAGAGGCUUUCUUCAAGCUUUUCCAGCCAACGCGGCACUUGCAUAUAAUAUGGGGGAGGAGGGCAUGAACGCGAUGCCUCGGCCUGACAUCACCCCAGCACUGGGAAGAACAGUCCCUUUGGCUCACAUCCCUGCGGGAGGUCACGUGGGGCCUCCUCAUCGUCGCCCGUCAGUGGGUUGCAACACCGACGAGGCCGACGAGUCAUCUGGUUUGCGGCCAGCGCCGAGCAGAAACUACGGGGGACGGCGGCCCGCCGGGCGAGGAGGCUACAGGAGGCGGCGUGGACGAGAAACUGGCAACUACUUCUGAUGCACUCGACCCAACAAAGAUGUCUAAACUGCAGCUUGUCUCUUGUCGUCUCUUUAUCUUAUCCUCCCGGGGAUGUUGCUGGUUCCGCUUGUGGUGAUGAUGCUUGCUGAUCAAAGUUGAAAUCUCUUGAUUUCAAGUCAGUCACUUCUAAUUAAUCCACAGCAUUGCGCGCUUUAUUUUACGACAUGGCUUUCAAUGCAAAAAGAGUACAAUCGAUUUGUCAUGCAGCGCUUUUUCAUGAGCAAUGUAACCAAAUGGGCUUUUUACCCCAAGGCAAAAUUCAACUCAGCAGUGGCUGAGAGCAAUAAACAGUCAACAGAUCCUAUUGUGUAUUUUUUUUUCUUUUUUACAUACAAUAUGUUUUGGAAAAGAAUUGAUGAAUGAACAGUGACAUCGUGAGCAAAAAGAUUGGCAACAGUGAAAUCAAAUAUGGCUUCAGGCCUCAUUGAACGGUGCUUCCUGUUUGCCCCAACCGGUUGUGCAGCAAUGAUCUGAUUUUAAUGACCUCUUGGUUUCCGCGUUAAAGCACCCAUGACAGGUUUUUACAUGAGUCACCUGACCUGUAACUCCAAACUACGACUAACCA